AUGGGCGCCCCGGGAAGGGCCCUCCUGGGGGCGUUGGGCUCCGCCACCGCCUCCUCCACGCUGGAGGCGGCGGCGGCGGUGGAGCCCGGGUGGCUGGCCUGGCCCGCCAACGGCUCCUUCGACUUCAACCAGAGCGCGCUGCCCUGGGGCCUGGGCCUGGGGGCGGGGCUUGGGCUGGGGGGGGGCGGGGCGGCGGCCGCCAUGGCGCCCGGCGGGCUGGACUCCAACAUCUCGCAGCCCCGGCCGUCGGCGGCGGCGGGGGUGGUGGCCGGGGCGGGGGGGCUGGCGGUGCGCACGGUGAUGGAGGAGAAGAACUGGCCGGCGCUGCUCAUCCUGGUGAUCAUCGCGCUGACGGUGGGCGGGAACAUCCUGGUCAUCCUGGCUGUGUCGCUGGAGAAGAAGCUGCAGAACGCCACCAACUUCUUCCUGCGCUCGCUGGCCGUGGCCGACAUGCUGGUGGGCAUCCUGGUCAUGCCCGUCUCCCUCAUCAACAUCCUCUACGACUACGCGUGGCCCCUGCCCGACUCGCUGUGCCCCAUCUGGAUCUACCUGGACGUGCUCUUCUCCACGGCCUCCAUCAUGCACCUGUGCGCCAUCUCGCUGGACCGCUACGUGGCCAUCCGCAACCCCAUCGAGCACAGCCGCUUCAACUCCCGCACCAAGGCCAUGCUCAAGAUCGCCGCCGUCUGGACCAUCUCCAUAGGUGUGUCCAUGCCCAUCCCGGUCAUCGGCCUCAACAACAAGGACAAGGUGUUUGUGAACGGCAGCUGUGUUAUGAACGAGGAGCGCUUCAUGCUGAUUGGCUCCUUUGUGGCCUUCUUCAUCCCGUUGGUGAUCAUGGUGGUGAGCUACUGCCUCACCAUACAGGUGCUCCAGAGGCAGGCCAGCGUCUUCCUGUAUGAAUCAAAGACUUCCUUCAACACCACGGCUCCGCCCACCUCACUACCGGACCCGCCCACCAAGUUCCACAUCCCCAAGAUCAACACCAUCGCCCCCCCAGACUGCAAAGAAGUACAGGCCACGCCCCCGCAGAGCCGACGCAACACGCUGAGCUGCCUGAAGGGGGUGGAGCCCGGCAUGCUGCUGAGGGCGUCGCCCACCGACAGCGUCAACAUCCUUCCUUGCUUCGAGGCGGCGUCGCAGCUCAGCUCGCCGGCCAUCGGGCCGGGGCGGGGAGACUCCACCGGUUGCCACGGGCGACGGGGGAUGAUGCAGGCCAUCAAGAACGAGAGGAGGGCUUCCAAGGUGCUGGGCAUCGUCUUCUUCCUCUUCCUCAUCAUGUGGUGCCCGUUCUUCAUCACCAACGUCACCUUCGUCCUGUGCCAGGGCUCCUGCAACGAGCCCCUGCUGGCGGAGCUGCUCAACGUCUUCGUGUGGGUGGGCUACAUCUCGUCGGGGGUCAACCCCCUGGUCUACACGCUCUUCAACAAGACGUACCGCCGCGCCUUCUCCAGCUACAUCCGCUGCCGCUACCAGACGGCCGCCAACGCCGCCGCCGGCACGGGCCCCAGCUCCAGGGGCCUGCUGGCGCCGUCGUGCUCCUCGCACGCCCCCACGCCCCUCCUGACCGGCGGAGGGGCGCGGUCGGGGGCGGGGCGCGGCAGCAACAGCUGGCGGAACGGCGGGGGGGCCCGGGGCAGCGUCGGGGGUCCGCGGGGGCUGACGGUGGACCCCGACGACCUGACGGACGACGGGAGGCGGGCGUCGGCCGCCAGCGCGUGGGAGAGCCAGGCGCUGGCGGCGUCGCCGGAGGGUGGGGCGUCGCCGGGGGCCGGGGCCCCGGCGCUAUCGGAGACGGAGACGGAGAUGGAGACGGAGCUGUCGGUGGCCAGCUACAGCCCCUCCUCCAGAGAACUCACCAGCAGCGUGUGAUUGGACGGACGGACGGACGG